GUAGAUGCCUCCCGCCCAGACCCAAAUUUCAUCCUUGAACUUGAAAUCGUAAUUCAUCUUCCUUCCCGCUUUCCUUCAAAUUGACGUGCCUUGUGCCUUUCUAUUUCAAUCUCACCUUCUUUUUUCCUGCAUUCUAGAGGUCUUCGGAUCGAUUCGCGCCUGAUCUGCAUCUGUUUAACCUGUUUUGUUGGAGAGGAAGGCCAUGGCGAAGGAGAUGAUAACAGUAGGCGCUAUAGAGGCCAUGCUAGCAGGAAACCCCUCGCUGGGCGAGUCAGCUGACUUGGUAGUGCAGGUGGUCGGCUUAAAGCCAGUUGGAAGCAGCAAUACCCGAUUCACAUUCAUGGCCAAUGAUGGAAAGAUGAAGAUAAAGGCCAUGCUUCCCACAACGAUGGCCGGGGAGGUCACUUCAGGGAAGCUGCAGAAUCUGGGGCUCAUUCGUAUUCUUGAUUACACAUGCAAUGCCAUUCAAAAUCAGCCACAGAAGGUGCUAAUAAUCACAAAAUGUGAGGUAGUUGCCCCUGCACUUGAUGCAGAGGUUGGUGGGGUAGAAGUAAAACAAGAGGAUGGGGAUAAUAUCAAGCCUGAGGUUAAGGUUAAGACGGGCGACGGACCUAUACUGAAGUCUGCAGCUCAGAUUGUGCAUGAUCAAUGUGGAAAUGCUGCACCUGCUGCUCGAAUGGGAAUAAGUCGAAGGGUUUAUCCCUUGGUUUCCUUGAACCCAUAUCAAGGAAACUGGACUAUUAAGGUUCGAGUAACCAACAAAGGGCCUUUGCGCACAUUUCGUAAUAACAGGGGGGAAGGCAGCGUCUUCAAUGUUGAACUUACUGAUGAAGAUGGCACCCAAAUUCAAGCAACCAUGUUCAAGGAGGCUGCAGAUAAGUUCUGGGACAAGUUUGAAUUAGGCAAGGUGUACUACAUCUCAAAGGGAAGUCUUCGAGUUGCUAAUAAGCAGUUUAAAACGGUACAAAAUGACUAUGAGAUGACAUUGCAUGCAAACUCAGAAGUUGAAGAGGCAACUGGUGAGGAAACCACUAUUCCAGAAUAUAAGCACAACUUUGUCAAGAUUGAUGAUCUUGGUCAAUAUGUGAAUUCAAGGGAACUCGUUGAUGUCAUUGGUGUUGUUCAGAGUGUAUCAACAGUUCUCAGCAUCAGGCGUAAAAGCAAUAAUGAAGAGAUUCCCAAGCGUGAUAUCACUAUGGCAGAUGAAAGCAAAAAGACGGUAACAUUAAGCCUCUGGAAUGAUCUCGCGAAGAAGGAAGGUCAAGAACUCCUGGACAUUGUUGAUAGUGGUCCUGUUAUAGCUGUUAAGGGAAUUAGGGUUGGUGACUACGCAGGAGUAUCUCUAUCAACCACCGGUAGAAGCACCGUUAUGAUUAAUCCUGAUUUUCCUGAAGCUCAAAAGCUUCGUUCUUGGUAUGACACGGAUGGAAGAGGAAGCUCUAUGCUGUCUCUUGGAUCGACUCUUUCUGGUGGAACUCCAAUCCGUGGAUCCAGAUCAUUGUACUCUGACCGUGCAUUCCUCUCUGAAAUCACCGAUCCUUCCGUGGGUGAAGGAAAGCCAGCCUAUUUCAAUGUGAAAGUUUAUAUCAGCUUUAUCAAACCAGAUCAGGCAAUGUGGUAUCGUGCUUGCAAGACUUGCAAUCGUAAGGUGACUGAAGAAAUUGGUUCGGGAUACUGGUGUGAAGGUUGUCAGAAACACGAGGAUGAGUCUAGCCUAAGGUACAUAAUGGUAGUGAAGGCCUCUGAUUCUAGUGGUGAGGCUUGGCUCUCGGUUUUCAAUGAACAUGCGGAACAAAUUCUGGGUCACACAGCAGAUGAGCUUGCUGCCAUUAAAUCUAAGGAAGCUGAUGAGAAGGCAUACCAGAUGGAGCUGAAGAAGGCAAUGUGGGUUCCUCAUGUAUUCCGUGUGAGUGUAGCAAAGACCGAGUAUAUGAAUGAAACAAGGCAACGCAUCACAGUUCGCUCUCAUAGCCCAGUUGACUGGGUUGGUGAAUGCAAGUAUUUGAUAGAUGAGAUCUCAAAGCUGAAAACCCAAGUGUAGUUUGGGUUUCAAAUUUGUAGCACUACGAAAGAUUAGUUAGUUGGAUUCGGUGGUUACUGGUCUCAUCUGUCGAAAUAUUUCUUUUGGUCAGUGUGAAUUGGGUAUCUAUCUUUACAGGCCACACUCUUGAAGCAUACAUGAAAAUCAAUUGGACAGAGAGUCUGCCAUUUACCAAACAAGUUGUUUGAGCUUGAUGCAGCGUUUUAUGUACUUGACAAAAAUCUUUUGUAAUAUUCCAAACGCCUUCCAUUUGGGAGAUUCAGUAAUAACGAAGCAUUGCUUUGGUGUUCAAAGUUAAGAUUCCGGAAGAAAUCAGAGAGAGCUUUGAAGGCAUUUCCACGACAAAUCACUUCUUGAAAGCUUUAGGAUUUAAAACAGGGAAUUUUCAACGAACAGGGGUUUAAAACGGGUAAAAGCUGACGCUUUUUGUUCAAUUUAACGUGUUAUUCAUAUUGUUAUAAUUUGCAGCAUUGAUUGUUUGGACAGUUCUGGUUCAUGUGUAUGUUUGGCUGUUAAAAUAGGCCAUUGCUUGAUUAAUGAGGAUAAUAUAAGGGUGAAAAAGGUACAUUGCUAGUGUUUU